AUGGCCCCGACAAGCGCUGCCGUUACUGGCCAGCUGAGGCAGCUUGUCUACUACCACCUCGACAACAUAUCCUACGACAACGCGCUCUUCUUUGCUGAGAGGCUCGCCGCGCACGAUCCCCGUUCGAGCGAGUCCGCCUAUCUCCUCGCCUUUAGCCACUUCCGACUGGGAGACUACCGGUCGGCGUACGAGGUGAGCAAGGCCGCCGGGUAUCGAGGGGUGCAUCUCGGCUGUGCCUAUAUAUUUGCGCAGACCUGCCUGGCCUUGGAACGCUACAAGGAUGGAAUCACCGCCCUAGAGAAGUCGAGAGGCCUGUGGACCAACAAAUUCAGCUUUGGCAGGCACAACGGAUCUACUCGCUCGCCCAACCCGGAUGCUGCCAGCGUCGCCUGUCUCCUCGCCAGACUGUACCGGGCGUAUGACGACAAGAAGAAGGCGAUUCUGUGUUUUGAAGAGUCUCUAAAGAUCAACCCUUUCAUGUGGGAUGCCUUUACUGCCCUGUCCGAUAUGGGCGUCAAUGUUAGAGCGUCGAAUAUCUUCAAGCUGAACGAGUCCUUGUUGGGUGGCCUGGACUCGGAGUUACCGAACGGCAUACUGUCGGAACAGAAGGACAACGGCCCGGUGAACCCUUUGGAGCCGUUGCAUAAGAAAUCCUCGCUUCGACCUACCGUCUACGAGGCCGCGGACCCAUUUGACACGCAGCGCCAGAUGUCUGGAAACGAUGUGCUGAGCGCGAACAACCUGCUGUCCGCGUCAACUACAGAAAAUGACUUCAUGUCAAAGAUCAACGCGGCGCGUUCUAGGAUGGCUGCCAGCGUUGUCCCGACGGCGGAUGGCAUGGACACGCCGCCUUCCAUGCACAGCGAUCACCCUCCUGCUGCGCGAACCGGGUUUCACCCGGAGCCUGCCCAGGGCGCGCCAAGGAAGACCAGGAACGCGCAGGCCGUCGAGCCCAAUCUGCUAGAGGCACCCCCUAAGAUGAGCUACCGCCUGGGAUCACGAAGGAACCAACGCGUCCAAGAGAAAGGGCAGGAUGAGCCGUUGGCUGAGCCCAUCCCCAGCAUGUUACGAGCAUCGGCGUCCGCAGUGGCGGGAAUAGAGAGGAAAAGGACUGUAUCUGGCCACCCUGUGCAGCCACGGCACCAAUCCGAGGAGCCGGGCGCUCCCCCGCGGAGAAGCACAAGGAUAAAUAUGUUCAAGGGCACCAAUACCAAGGCCAAUUCCGGAGCGGCGACCGUUGGACCGGGCGCAACGCGAGAGCUAAAGAAGGCUAGACCCCCAAUCUCGCGGAUCAUGAGACCAAAUUCGGCCGCCGGUGCCAGUGUCGGCCGAGCUGUGAGUGGAAACCGGAAACCUGUCGAGGACCAUGGGAUGGACGUGGAUCAUGCGGAAGCACCGCGAGUUAAGGAGCCGCCCCCACAGCCGCCCAUACCCAAAGCGGUCGAGCCAGAUACUAUCAAGGUGGAGGAGAGUUUGAAGUACUUGCUCGACUUGCUGAAGAAGUUCGCCUCUGGCUAUCUCUCACUGUCACAAUAUCAGUGUCACGAUGCCUUGGCUAUCUUCGGGUCUCUACCACGAGCCCAUCAGGACACUCCAUGGGUGUUGUCACACGUUGGGCGGUCAUACUACGAGCAGGCAGCGUACGCGGAAGCCGAGAAGUACUAUAGGAGGUUGCGCAUCCUGGCACCCACGCGGCUCGAAGAUAUGGAGGUCUACUCAACCAUUCUGUGGUUCUUGAAGAGGGAGACGGACCUGUCAUUCCUCGCGCAUGAGCUUAUUGACUCAUCCUGGCACUCUCCACAGGCAUGGUGUGCCCUCGGCAACGCGUGGUCCCUCGCCCGAGACCACGAGCAAGCCUUGCGGUGUUUCAAGCGGGCAACGCAGCUCAACCCCAAGUUUGCCUAUGCAUUCACCCUGCAAGGCCAUGAGCACGUGUCAAACGAAGAGUACGACAAGGCUCUUACUGCGUACCGCCAGGCGAUAUCAGCGGACCGACGCCAUUAUAAUGCAUACUACGGCAUCGGCCGGGUGUACGAGAAACUAGGCAAUUAUGACAAGGCGUACACCCACUUCCACUCGGCGUCGGUCAUCAACCCCACCAACGCUGUCCUCAUCUGCUGUAUCGGCAACGUGCUGGAGAAGCAGCGACAGACUGUGCAAGCGUUGCAGUAUUUCACCAAAGCGACGGAGCUGGCGCCGAACGCGGCACAGACGCGGUACAAGAAGGCACGCGCGCUCCUCGCCUUGAACCAGCUCGACGCUGCCCAGAAGGAACUGGAGAUCCUCAAGAACCUUGCACCCGACGAGGCGACGGUACACUUCCUACUGGGCAAGCUCUACAAGACCCUGGAUGACAAGAGCUCUGCCGUGCGCCACUUCACGAUUGCUCUGAAUCUUGACCCCAAGGCAAGUCAACAAAUCAAGGAAGCAAUUGAGAGUCUAGAGGACGACGACAGUUACGAAGAUUCAAUGAUGCAAUGA